AUGGAGAAGAGGUUCAAAGUGUGGGUAUACAAGGAAGGAGAGCCACCAUUGUUUCACAGAGGACCCUUGAAAGACAUUUAUGCUAUUGAAGGCCACUUCAUCGACGAAUUAGAGAAUGGAAAGAGUCCGUUUCUUGCGCGCCACCCUGACGAUGCGCACGCCUUCUUCCUCCCCGUUGGCAUUGCAAAGGUUAUUCGAUAUCUAUACAGUCCCCGACUGGAUUAUGACCGCUGGCGCCUCCAAAGCGUCGUUACUGAUUAUAUAAGUGUCGUAUCGAAUAGAUAUCCCUACUGGAACAGAAGCACUGGAGCAGAUCAUUUCUUUGUGGGCUGUCAUGAUUGGGGACCAGAUGUUUCAAAUGCCAGUCCUAAGUUGUAUAAAAACCUUAUCAAAGUGUUAUGCAAUGCCAAUAUUACUGAAGGUUUCCAGCCAGCAAGAGAUGUUUCAUUGCCUGAAAUUAAAGUCCCUUCGAAAGCAUUGGGGCCACCUGAUGUCGGGCAGGCCUCCAACAACCAUCGUCCGAUCUUAGCUUUCUUCGCCGGAGGACCUCAUGGUCACGUUAGAAGAAGAUUGUUCGAGUACUGGAAAGACAAGGAUUCAGACAUUCAAGUCCAUGAAUACUUACCGAAAAAUGUAAGUUAUUUUGAAACGUUAGGUCAAACCAAGUUUUGCCUGUGUCCAAGUGGAUGGGAGGUGGCAAGUCCAAGGUUGGUCGAAUCCAUGCACGCCGGAUGUGUACCAGUGAUCAUUUCCGAUGGCUACGUUCUGCCAUUUAGUGAUGUUCUUGACUGGAGCAAAUUUUCCGUACAUAUUCCGGUGGCUCGGAUACCGGAGAUUAAGACAAUCUUGGAAGGGAUUUCCAUAGAUGAUUACUUGAAAAUGCAGAAGCUAGUUUUGCAAGUGAAAAGACAUUUCACUCUUCAUCGACCGGCUCAACCAUUUGAUUUGUUAUAUAUGAUUCUUCAUUCUUUGUGGCUAAGGAGGCUUAAUAUUAGAUUAAGAUUGUAA